AUUGAUCCGUGUGCUCCAUCUCUAGAGUCAAGAAAGCGCGUCUGAAAUCAGAAUAUUGAAUCCGGGCAGCCGUAGUGCUGUGUUGUUGUUAGUGCUUGUUGAGAAGGACAAUAAUAACAGAGCGAAACUCGCGCUGCUGCUGCUGUUGAUGCGUCACCGCGCGAAGAGUACUGGCGCGAGAACGGAUUCAUGUUUUUGAUUGAAACACACAUGUGUGAUUUGGCUAAAAGGGACUAAUGCACGAGGGAAUUUAAAAUCGCUCUGCUCAGUCUGCUGGAUUGCAUAACACAUGGGAGAAACUGACCGCAGUCUGGGACUUUAAACCAGUAGAUCUUCUGAGCUGAAGAGAAUAGUGUGGAAGUAGAGCUUGGACCCAGCGUCUGCCUUCAGGCCUAAUGCCUGGACUGUGCAGCUUCAAGACACCACAACAAGGAGAGAUCUUCAACAUGAACACAGACACUGAAUCAGAGCCAAAGGAAUCAGAUUUGUGGAAGUCCAGCUGUACCAGUGAUGGCCUGAGAAAUGGUGACGUGUGCUCUUCCUCUCUGGCAUCUAAAGGCUACAGGAGUGUCAGACUCAACUUUCAGGAUAAAAAGUCUCCCAUACCCGACCAAAUGACAGUGAACGGGGGUCUGAGUGAGCCAGCAAGUCCACAUAGUUUCUUACAAAGACCCUUCUCCCCCUCGACAUACCCACCUCCUCCUUCCCUGAGCCCCAGUAUUACAGCCAUGCAGCAGGCUAGAACCACUGCCUCUGGGUCUAGCACUCCGAUCUACGCCAACGUGGAUCCUGUUUGCCCUGCACAAACUGCACAGACUGAGAGGAAAGAAACAACAGGGAAAGCUCCACUUUAUGCUGGCAUCGGUCCUGUGGAUGAGUCCGGGAUCCCUAUUGCCAUACGAAUGACUGUUGACAGGCCAAAAGACUGGUAUAAGUCCAUGUUCAAGCAGAUUCAUGUGGUGCAUAAACCAGAGAAUGACUGGUCUGGGUCUCACACUGCCACAGAUCCCAUUACAAAUACUGAUAAGCAUGGCCCAUCCAAUCCUGUUCAGUCCCAUCCAGCACCUAAAACCAGCACCUACCAGCCCAUCACCAAGAGUGUCUCUGAUAACGGCAUAUGCAGUGUCAGAGUGCCUGCUGCCUCAACCCUGCCCACUUCAGUGUCAGCAGAGUACAGAGACACAACACAGAGAGGCAGGAGCACACCCGACAUGAAUGAGUGGGGGCCUCCAGAUAGGAAGGUGGAUACACGGAAAUACAGAGCAGAGCCCAGGAGUAUCUUUGACUAUGAGCCUGGGAAGUCCUCUGUUUUAGAGCAAGAGAGAGCAACAAGUAACUUAAGACCAGAGGAGAUAGAUUUAGAGAAUGAGCCAUGGUAUAAGUUCUUUGCUGAACUGGAGUUUGGGCAUCCGCCUCCAAAAAAACGUCUUGAUUACAAUCCAGAGAGCAGUCCUCGAUUCCGAACGGAGACCUCCCUUUAUCAGCCAGCUACAGACAGGACCCUUGAACAGCCAUCAAGUUCUUUCAGUGAUAACAAGAGAAGACGGAAAUCUGAACCUUCAGUCACUCAGCCCAGGGCUCAGAGCAGUGUGGGCACAACACAGAGUUCAGUCAGACCACCAGAGCCCCCCAGGAGCAGCAGUUCCCAGAGGAAUCCCCUCACCAGCCCCAGCUCCCCUGCCUCCACCAGGACUAAAGGUGGGGAUAUAAGCAAUAUGCACCCAGCACAUUUAAAUAGUCAAAGUCCAAACCAUGCUACCUCAAAUUGCACAUAUCUAAACAAAGGGCAAAAUGAGGAUGGUCUCUCAGUCAUGCCUAUCUCAGAGGGCUUCUCCAGCCUCCCGGAUGGCUGGCGAAUUGCCCAAGAGAACCUAGAUUACUGGAUAAGCACAGAAGAGGCUUCUCAUAAGCUCAAAUCCUGGAGCUGUGAUGACCUCCUAUCUGAGGGCCAAGGCAGGGAAAAAGAAGUGCAGACUCGAUCAGAAUGCACAGACUCCUUGUUGCAUAAUGGGGAACUAGAAGGACCACAAUGCAGUGACAGCCAUGAGUCUGAGGAACUUAGACAAAGGACCAGGCAUCGCUCAGCCCAUGAUGUGCCAGGCUUUCUCAAACUCUACAAGAAGAUGCAUCACAUCAACCGGCAAGAGCUGAUAAACUCCACCGUGAUCUGCUCUGUCAAAGCCAGGGUUCAUAAGUAUGAGAGUGAGCAGCGUAAGGACAGGCGUACCGGCACCAAGGGCUGCAGCAAAGAGGUGCCUCGGGACACGGUGCACAACAGGAUCUCUCAGUUUGAGAGUCUGAUCCAGAAAUCCAAAUCCAUGCCUAACCUUGGGGAUGAGUGCCUGACCAGGAGUUCCUCUAGGAGGACCAAUAGCCCCAACCAUAGCCUCUCCAUUGAGUCAUUAAUGGAUGAGGAACCACUAGCCAGGAUCCCGCCUGAUGGACGACCUCAAUACCCCAAGAUAAAUACCCUCAUGCCAAUCCACAUCCAAGUCACCAGUGACCAAUUACAAAAUUCUACCAUGCAACACGAUUACUCAGAGAGUGAGCAUGAUGAAGUGGUGUCGGAUCUCAGUGACUUAGAGGGCUCAUCCUUUUGUAGCGAGAGAGACUUUGACCUAUGUUCGUUCGCCUCCUCGGAGAACUUCUGCAAGUCGGGUGAGCAUCAUCAUUGUCAUAGGCAGCUUGUGAGUUCCUGCAAGGGUCGCUGCCCGGCUUCCUACACGCGUUUCACCACCAUGAUCAAGCACGAGAGGGCCAAGCAGGACCGAAGGCAACAUUUGCGAGUGGAAGAAUCCGAGUUUGGUCUCAACAACAAGCUUGCCUUCCUGGUCAGCCCAGUGCCUUUCCGCCGGAAGAACUUGUCUCCUUUGAGCUUCUCCCAAAUGCCAAAAUCACAGAGCUGCAUGUACGAGGCUCUAGAUUCAGCCCUGAAAGACAUCUACGACCACGUCCGUGCAGAGAAGCGCAGGGGUAGCCUGCCAGACAGCAGCAUUCUCCACAGUUUGCUGGCAGAGUUGCUGCCCAACAUUCCUGAGAGGAAUUCCUCCCUGCAUGCUCUGGGGAGAAGAAGUCCAAUGGUCCAACCCUGCUCGUACCACCAACAGCCCAAUGGCAUGCCCAGCCAAGAUGGCCACCAGCCUGAGUACUCGCACCUGUCCCACAGUGCCUCUCGCCACCAUAUAGACAGCAACAACAACCAGAGGAAUCACAACUCUGAAUACUGCUAUCAAGACCAGGACACAUCUAGAGGAUAUUCUUACCCUGAUGUUGGCCGCCACACACCACAGAGCAGGAGACAGACCCCUGACGAGAAACUUCCAGCCAGAGCAAUAUAUGACUUCAAAGCACAGACAGCAAAAGAGCUGACGUUUAAGAAAGAUGAGACUGUGUACAUCACCAGGCAGAUAGAUAAUAACUGGUAUGAAGGAGAGCAUCGUGGACAUCGUGGCAUCUUUCCCAUCUCUUAUGUGGAGAAAAUCCCUCCUUCAGAGAGACAUCUGCCAGCGAGGCCUCCUCCUCCAGCUCAGAGCAGAGAAAUUGGAGAAGCGGUAGCCCGCUACAACUUUAAUGCUGAUACUAACGUGGAGCUUUCAUUAAGAAAAGGCGAGCAUGUCAUUCUCCUGCGUCAAGUUGAUCAGAACUGGUUUGAGGGCAAGAUUCCAGGUACAAACAAACAAGGGAUUUUUCCAGUGUCUUAUGUAGACGUCAUGAAGAAGUCCUCGGUACAAAGUACCGGUCAACCUCCCGGGUCCACAAUGCCUACCAGUUACUCCAGUGACAGAGUGCGCAGUAGGCCACCAUCUGCACGUACCCUCUACAGCUCUCCAUCCCCAACUCUCCGUCCACUCUCCUCAUCCUCACCCAGCCCGCAGAGAGCAGCGCACCUCCAGGCCGUCACCAGCGAGUGGCUGGCCCUAACUCUUGGUCUGUCUCCUUCAGGAACCCCUGCUCCCGUACCUCCUCCCUUCCCUUCCAACUUCCAGCCAGACUAUAUAGGGCUUGAUUCUGCCAUCUCCCCCUCUCCUGCCUCUUCUACGCUGGGUCGCUCUCUGGCCCUCGCUCCCCGCACUUCUACGCCUAUGCUCAAAGAGGGCCACUUCAUUCCCAUUUCCUCCCCAAAGUCCUACAUGUCCCCUGAGCCCAGCCCAUCACCGCAACCCUACCUCACCUCUGCGACCUUCACUCCUUCCCCUACCUCACCCAUAUUUGACUCCAGCCCCAGGUCUGACAGUGUCAUAGAGGUUCUCUGCAGCCAAAAACCAUUAGACCUAACUGAAAAAGAAUUGGAGAUGUUCUUUGAUAGCGAAGAUCGUAAUAAAACAAGCAAGACAGACUCUCCUAAAUUGUGCAGCCCUACUGACUUGGUUGUUUUUGAGGCACUUGAUUCCCAAUUGUCUUAUAAGGACACCAUGUUUCCAAAAGAUCCUGAGGAUGACCUGUGUGAGGAGUUAGUGUCCAUUAUUAAAGCCAGCCAAUCAAAGGGCGUGUUUGUAGAAGAGGAGAGUUUUUAUCACCAUAAACCGAAUAUAACAGAAAAGCUUCCAAGACUGUUCAUAGAGGAGGACCCAAAUGAAGAUAGCAGCUCCUCAAUUGAACCCCUGACAUCAAAUACGUUUACUCCAGUCCAACCCGCCCAUAGUGAGGGGUCAGAUUUAGAGCAGGGUGAAGUUUCCCAAAACGACUCUCCACGUCUCUCCCCCCUGUCCUCACAGAUGUCCAUGCAGUUCAUACGCCCCACAUCGCCUAAGUACUCCCCCUCCUCCCCAUGUACCACCCCUCCAUUGCCUGGGGUUUCACAGUCCCCCCCUCCCUCUGCCAAACUGUCCUUUCGACAGGAACUCCGCUCCCAAAAGGUCAAGCCUGUGUUAAGGCGUGAUGUUGUGGUUGUCGGUAAGCCCCCUCGUAGCCCUGUGAUGUCUAGGAGGUCCUGCGGAUCGCCUGUUAGAGGUCAAAACAUUUCGCCAUCUCAUAGGUCCCAAAGACAAGCAUAUGUUCAUGAUCCUCUUCAAGGAGUAGGGGAACCAUUUCAAGCUCUGUAUAACUACAUGCCCAGAAAUGAGGAUGAGCUGGAACUGAAGGAGGGUGAUACUGUCGAUGUCAUGGAGAAGUGUGAUGAUGGAUGGUUUGUGGGAACGUCCAGGAGAACCAAGUUUUUCGGAACCUUUCCUGGAAACUAUGUGAAGCGGACAUAAAUUAACCCAUGCUCUAAUUUCCAAUACAAAUAUCUGAUGGUCAGACAUCUACAGACGAGAGAUGGACAAUAUUGCCUAGAGAUUCCUGCUGGAAUUAGAAUGAAAUAUUCCAGUCAUCAGCAAUAUGGACUAAUGGAAACAGAAGCCAAUGGAGGGGGUAACUGCACCAUGUUAUUUGUAAAUAUGUGGAUUAUUAAAUUCUGAAACCAUUAUUUUUAUAUGUAAGUUUAGUAAAGGCUUUAAAAUAUUUGGUUUCCUACAUUUUUUACAUUAUUUCUCAUUGUUGAAAAAAAGUCAGUUUGUAUGCCUUUUAGUAACUCUGAUUAAUUUCAACAUAAUGAGUAUUCAAGUGCCCUAUUUAUCUUUUAUUUAUUGAGAGGCAUUUUCUUGCAUUGGAAGGGUAAGAUACAGCAGAAUGUUCUACUGGUGCCCCCCUGUAAACUGAGCCUGAUGUCUGAUCUGAUCUAGAUCUAGAUUAUAAACAGUAUUUUAGUGUCAUGUUUGUGCCAGGCACAGUGGAUAUUACAGAUGACCAUCCAUGCUCACAUGUAUCUUUUCUGUAUGUAAACCCCAUGCUUCAUGACCUCCGAUUAUCUAGGGCUCCACGUUCUUCCUGCAGACAUUCCUUUGAGCAUCUGAAGGAUUUUACAGAUAAUAAAUAAAUAUAUAUAUAUAUAUAUAUAUAUAUAUAUAUAUAUAUAUAUAUAUAUAUAUACAUAUAUUUGUAUUUUUCAAUCAAAAGAGAUAACAAUUUUGAAAAUGCAGUACCCUAAAAAAAAGACAUUGUGGCAAAAGUCGGUAUGUUAAACCUAGUACACUGAAUCAUAUUUCUACUGUCUAUAAUAAAUGUUCUGUACUCGGUGACCUAGCACAUCACUUUUGGUUUACACACUGUAAUCUCUUAUUUAUGGCCAAUAAGAGAAGCACAUGAUGUCAUAAUUGCUGAACUGUAGCAGCCAUGUAUUUUGUAUAUGAUAUGUCGCUUUCCAAUUCUUAAAAUUGGUAUAAUUUGGGUGAGAAAAUGUUCUUAAAAAUCGAUUUGGUUUAUAUGUUAAUUCAGCAGACUUGUUUCAUAAUGAUAUACACUUAAUAUAUUGUGAAUUAUUCACUUUCCAUGUUUUUAACUGUUCAUACAACAAUUACACUCUCAUAUUCAAAUGUCCAUUUAAAAUUUGCAGCAUUGCAAUUCUCCUGUGAAACUGCAUGACUGACAAUUUCAUUCUAGUCAGUGCAGCAAGAAAAGUUGAUGUGUCAUUGAAUAGAAAGGUGAACUAAUUUUAUAUGUAAUUUAGGCAAUUUUAUACUUCAUUGAAUUAUGCAGUCUCUGUGUUGUCAAUAUGCUUCAAUUUUGUUGCAUGUUGUUUCAUAAAGAACUGUUCAUCAUUGCAAACUUUGUCUUCUACACUAAUGCCUCACAGGAUAAUUUUGAUUAUCAGAAUUAAAAAAUAAAAAAUAAAAAAGGACCAGA